AAACUCUAAUUUAAAUUGACUUAUUCGCUACAGUCACCCGUGAGUUGCCCUCUAUAUACGUCUCCAAGUAGGAGGAACCUUUAAUAUUCAUAUAUUUGUAAGGAAGAGAGAGAGGGAGAGAAGCUUCAAGUAUCACCGGAGAAAACUUAAGAAUCAAUUUUGAUCCUACGUUGUUUAUUCAUCAGACAGACCCAAAUUAGGAAAAUUUAGGCAUUAGCUAUGAAGUUCUGUAAGAAAUAUCAGGAGUACAUGCAAGGACAAGAUGAGAAAAAACUACCUGGCCUUGGUAUCAAAAACCUCAAGAAGAUUCUUAAAAAGUGCAGGAGAGACUUUCAAUCUCAACAACACCUUGAUGGAGUUAUUGACCUCCACACCUGCCCUCACCAAUGUUCUGUGUGCGAUGGCACCUUCUUCCCUUCCCUUCUCAAUGAAAUGUCAGCUGUAGUAGGCUGCUUUAAUGAACGUGCUCAGAAAUUGCUUGAGAUUCAUUUGGCUUCUGGCUUUUCAAAGUGCUUUAUUUGGUUUAAAGGCAAGAUUCAAGGGACCCAUGUUGCCUUAAUUCAAGAAGGCAAGGACUUGGUUAACUAUGCACUAAUUAAUGCCAUUGCAAUUCGAAAGAUACUGAAGAAAUAUGAUAAGGUUCACUACUCUAAGCAAGGUCAGGCCUUCAGGUCACAAGCUCAAAGUAUGCAUAUUGAAAUUCUACAGUCACCUUGGCUGUGUGAGCUUAUGGCUUUCCACAUCAAUUUGAGGGAAACAAAAGUCAACUCAAGGAAGGCCCCUGCAUUUUUUGAAGGGUGCUAUCUCACAUUUAGUGACAGCAAACCUUCGCUCUCUUGCGAACUCUUUGAUUCUGUCAAGCUCGAUAUUGACUUGACUUGUUCUAUUUGCUUGGACACAGUGUUUGAUCCAGUUUCUCUGACAUGCGGUCAUAUAUUCUGCUACAUGUGUGCUUGCUCUGCGGCAUCGGUCACCAUUGUUGAUGGACUAAAGGAAGCAGAUUCUAAAGAAAAAUGCCCUUUGUGCCGAGAGGCAGGAGUAUAUGAAGGUGCUGUACACUUGGAAGAGCUUAGUAUCCUAUUAAGCAGAAGCUGCCCCGAAUCCUGGGAGGAAAGGCUUCGAACAGAAAGAGUGGAAAGGAUUCGGCAGACAAAGGAGCAUUGGGAAUUCCAGUGUCGGUCAUUUGUGGGCGUCUAAUUAGGCAAUUCUCUCUCUUUGGUUUUAGUGCAAUUUGUAUAUAUUAUUCAUGUAGAAGAGCUACCCUGUUUCUGAGUUAUUGGAAAAGUUUGUGAUGGUGUUAGAAUUACUGUCAGUCAUUAAAAAAAAAAAAACUUUAAUGGAUUAGAAUAAGUUAUCUUUUUGAUGCACCGGGUUUGGUCGAGUUACGCUUAAGUUUCAACUCUCCAUAAUUUAUAUUCUAUAAAUAGAAUCGGGCAAUGCCCAAUGGGAGUAGUUUUCAGUGAA